CCUAGAGUACACACACUUUCUGGUAGGCCUAUAGCCCUACAGUUAUAGUUGUAUUCGUAGAUCUUCUUAGAUCUAGCUGGUUACUUUAUCUUUUGACGAUUUUUUUAAAAUAAAGAAGCUUUAAAGAUAUUCGUUUCUCUAGAUAAAAAGCCUGAAAGGACCGGAAUAAAACCGGCGUCCUUCACCUUGUUCUUCCGUCUUUGACCUGUGUUUUGAUGUGAAGGUUGCAAGUCAAGCCUACCUUCACUAGUAAAAACAAAAUCUGCUUUUCAGGUUACAUUUUUAAGCAGAUAUUUGAUAUUCUAUUUAGAUCUACUUAAAAAAGAGCAAUGUCUCGGCCCAAGGUAUGUGUUACAAGAAAAGUUCACGAUGAGGCUAUAGCACUUUUAAAAGAACAUUGUGAUCUGGAUAUCUGGGAUAGUGAGGAAGUCAUUCCUAAAGAUGAGCUUCUGAAAAAGGUGAAAGGUGUAGCAGCCAUUUUCUGCACUAUUAGUGACAUCAUUGAUGCAGAGGUUCUAGAUGCUGCAGGUCCCCAGCUGAAGACUGUUGCUACCAUGUCUGUGGGUACACAUCACAUCAGUGCAUAUGAAUGUAAAAAGCGUGAUAUUGUGGUAGCAAACACGCCUGAUGUGGCCUCUGACAGCGCAGCAGAGUUUACUGUCACUUUGUUGUUGAUGGCAGCAAGAAGAUGCUUGGAAGGUAUGCAAGCAGUAGAAGAAGGCAAGUGGGGACUCUGGAAGCCAAUGUGGAUCUGUGGCACAGAAAUUGUCAACAGAAACCUUGGAAUUCUCGGCUUUGGUCGUGUUGGGUUUGGUGUUGCUCGUCGCUUAAAACCAUUUGGAGUUAAGAGAAUUCUCUACCAUGACAUGGUGCGUGCAUCAUUUGGAGAUGAUCUUAACGCUGAGUUUGUUGACAGAGACACUUUGUUUAGAGAGUCUGAUUUCCUGGUCAUCUCUUGUGCGCUGACUGGUCUGACUCGCAAGAUGAUCAAUAAAGAGGUCUUUGAGAAGAUGAAACGAACAGCCAUUCUGGUCAACACAUCCCGCGGUCCGGUCGUGGACACGGACGAUUUGGUGGAAGCCCUGAAGACAGGUAAGAUUGCCGCUGCCGCCGUUGACGUCACAGACCCAGAGCCACUGCCACCAGACCAUCCACUGAUCCACCUGCCCAACUGUAUCGUCACCCCACACUUGGCCACCAACUCCACUAAAGCUAGGCUGGACAUGGCCCUGAACACAUCUAAGAACAUCUUGGCCACCUUAUUUAGAGAAUAAGUAUAUAUUAAUUAUGUAACCUCCCUGAAACCUUGUUUGAAAGGUUGAAGGUGAACCUAAUUCAAAUUUUACCUGCAAAUGUGCAUAGCUGAACUGCUAGAGAAAGUACUGAAUUCCUUCUCCACCUUUAUAUAAUGUUUUAACAGGCUGUAAUUUGCUUGACCACAUUUUUGUAGCUAUUUCUUCCUUGUCAAGAAUAAAUUUGUGUAGUUCUGUUUUUUUUAAUGUAAUUAUUAAACUGUAGAAAUGGUGCCAAUGCAACUUUAUAUCACUGAUAUAAAUGUCAAACAGUUUGAUAACUGCUAUUAGUGGUAUAAAAAUUUAAAACAUUCUUUCUGCAAAGCAUUAAUGUUAUAAAUUCACACACAUUUUGUCUUUAGAGUCUUUUAAAAAAAUGUAAAAUGUAUUUAUUUAUCAAAGAUUUUUUACCCUGCAAGAUAUUUUAGUGUAGCUUUUUUAAUGUAACUACUUGUUAGUACUUUAACAUUGUGUAUGAAUUUUAAGACUUUACAAAAAAAUUUAGUCUUAAGUUGUAUUUGUAUAAUUUUCUUCAAAAGGUGUGAAGAAAAUAUUUUAGUAUUCAGUGUAUUUACAUCUGACACCUAAACUUCAAGUUUUGUAUUACCUCUGUGUUAUUUCCCUUGGAUGUUUGGCUGCGUGUUUAAAAUGUAAAUUAUUACUAAGUACAACUAUAUUUUAAAAAGAGCUUAUGAUUUUUUUAUCAUGUACAAAUUAUUCUGAUUAUUGUUUACCUGUAUUUUAGUAUAAAAUUUUAAAACAAAUUUCUCUUUACAUUCCUUUUAAAUUUUAAAAGGAAAGACAGAAAUAAAUUUUGAGUACACAAUAACUUAUACAUGAACAAAUAAUGUAUUUUGAUACUUUCUAAAAGCAACAGAAAGUUAUUUAAACAUUUUUAUUCACAAACAUUUGAAAUGUUUAUUUAUUAAAACUUUGACUGGAAAAAUGUUUUGAUAAUGUAUUGUUUAAACAGAUUCCAUUGGUUCAUGAUGAUGGAGCUAAGUAUAGUACUAUGUUAUAACUCCUAGAUGGGGUAGAUAAUAGUUGUUUCUACAUUCAUCAACAGAUGCUCAUAAUUCUUGUAGUUUGUGAUCCACAUAAAUGGACACAUGCCAUGUAUAUCCUAACUGUAUUAUGCUUUUUAUUUCUCUGGUCAAGUGUUCAUAUUUGUCCUCCACUACUUUCUCAGCUUAUAAAUUACAAAGAAUUAUUUAUAACAGAGAAUUUUUAUGUUAAAAAAUGUAGCUUUACCUUUCAUUUACAUCACUUUUAUGUCAUUGUAAUUAAAGAUUUUUUUUUCUA